GCAGUUUUGAAGACAAAGCUUGGGCUCCAGGAUUCUGCUGAACCUUCUACAGCAAGACGCAGCCAAGGCCAAGGCAGACUAACCAGAGUCUGAGGAUUUGUUUGAACUUUCAGGACCUCAGAGGUAAAGAGAUUCUGGGACAAUGUUCUGUGGACAACCGUCACGGACUAAGGUUAUGAACUUGGAUGUUUUGACAGGUGAGCUGUAACCAUGGGGACGAGGAUGGAGGUGGCACAGCUCGAGAGCGCUAUGAACACUGAUGACUACAGAAAGCUCCAGAGCCUUUUCUUGGACCACUUGGGCGCACCGCGCUCCUUGUCCAGAACUGAAUUCAUCAAUUUGGCUUGGUCCUCGGUGGGUCGUGGCUCCAAGGAGGAAUAUGGCCUCCUGUUUGACAGCGUGGUCGUGACUCAGGAGCACCGCGGCCUCCUUCUCGACUGUGAAGCUGUGAAGGAGGAAGGACGUGUCGACUGGGGAGGCCUGUGCUCCUUUCUGCUGCUGGAGCUUUCUGAUAAAGUGACAAACAUCAGGAGCAGCAGUGUGCCUUGCUGGAAGACCCCGCGCACCCUGACCUGUCCUCAUCGGGACCAGGUUCAAAAGGUGUUGUACCUGCAGAGCUCAGGUCAGUAUUUGACCCUGAGUCAAAGGGGAAGUGUAGGGCUGCGGGACAGAGAGGACAUGUCCCUCGUGCACUCACAUCGACUGCAAAACAGCACAGUGGCGCCCAAAGACCUGUGGAUCACAGAUGUGGUGCUGCUGCCAAAUAUUCACAAGAUAGCGGUGUCGUUUACGAGCAAGGAGGUGUGUUUCUAUGACAUACUUUCUAAACAGGACUUCAGCUGCAGAUAUAAACUCCAGGGUUUGAAGUUUACUCCCUGGUGUCUCGACUACUGGGCUGAUCUCUCUCAGCCUGACCAGGCCGUUCUCACCAUAGGAGACAUUGGAGGACAGGUCAGUGCUUUGCACUUCACCUCCACUCAGAUCUCUCUGUUUGAGAGACUUGGAGCGAGGACGGACUCCGAUACAGCAGACAUCAUCCUGUGGGACGAGCUGGUCAAAGGAAAACAUCGCUCCUGUUACACUGUGACGCACCAAGUACACGCACCUGCCUGGGUUAGAAAAGUGCGUUACCUGGGUGCACUGGGAGCCUUUGUGUCGUGCAGCACCAGACCACAGAGCAGCAUGGUGAUCGGCUGGAGAGAAAAAGAAAGCAGGAGUCUCCGUGUUACUCCUUUCUUCACAAAGCGGGGCGUGUUGGACAUGGACCAUCACUGUGGACUCAAUCUGACAGCCACAGCAGGCAUGGAUCAUCAGGUCUUGCUGUGGAACCCGUAUGUGACCUCUGAGCCGGUGUGUGCACUCAGUGGCCACACGAGCCCCGUCCUCGCUGUUCGCUUCAUACAGACCAAGCAACAAUUGCUCAGCUACUCCAAAGAUAAGGUCUUGUGUCUAUGGGAUGUGUCCAGUCAGCAGUGUGUUCACCGUCUGGCUGGUGUCUUCCCCAAGACACAGGAGGACACGCACACUCUCCUGUUCCUCCAUGAAGAGUGUCAUCUCCUUCUGCUCACCUUUAACAGUCUGCUUCUUCUGCUGGAGACCGAGGAGAACGAGGAGAAGAGGACUAGCAGCCAUGAGCAGCCUGUGACAUGUGUGCUGUACAACAGUCUCUUCAGACAGGUAGUCAGCAGUGACGCUGCCUCUUCUGUGAUCUGCUGGCAGGCUGACACAGGCCAAAAGGUCAAGCAGUUCCUUCGUUGCCAUGGCAAUGCUGAGAUAUCCACCAUGGCCCUGGAUGGUACAAAGACCCGGCUGUUUACUGCAGGCACUGACGGAGAGGUCAAAGUGUGGGACUUUAAUGGGCGCUGCCUCCACAGAAUGAAUGCUGGACUGGGUCGGGCUGUGGAGAUCUCACAGGUGCUGCUGCUGAAGAGGAGCAUCCUGGUGAUGGGCUGGGAGAGGAUGCUGACCAUUUUCCGCCUGCACUCCUUCUCGCAGUCAUUUGUUGAGCCCUCAGAAUGGAAGGGUGGUGUUCAACAUCGCAGUGAUGUGCUUUGUGCUGCUUUCCAGCCUCCACAGACUCUGGUCACAGGAAGCUACGACGGGGAGAUCACAGUGUGGAACAAUGACACAGAAAAAGCUCUGAGGAAGCUGCAGCCACGUGGUGACAGGAAGCAACAAGGCGACUCUCCAGACUCUCAUCCGAGUUUGAAUAGCAGAACAGACUCAGACGCCUUCACUGCCGUCACAAGAUUGUUCUUUAUACCGGGACGCACGUCUGCAGCUACAGGUGGAGCUGACUUGGUGUCAUGCGGAGGUUCAGGUGUGGUCAGGCUCUGGAACACCGUCCACAGCCGUCUUAUGGGACAGUUCACGGCUCACAGCAGAGACCUGGGAUCUAUUGUCAUGACUAUCAGUCCCUGUGGAAAGUAUUUAGUCACUGCUGAUAGAGAGGGAACAGUCAAGACGUGGGACAUACAGCAUUAUCUACUUGAUCCCAAUCACGAAACAACCAAAGAACCUCCACGUCUACUGGGUCGCUUCCGUCCACACCUUGAUCGUGUAACUCACCUGGAGACGUGUGUCCAUGGCAACAGGCUCCUCCUUCUCUCUGCGUCAUCGGACUGCAGUGUGGCUCUAAGCCGCCUGCCUGGAGACACCGUUGGUCUGUUUGGACAGGAGGAGCCGUGGUGCUUGGACCGACCUGGACGUCUGCACCCACAGCAGGAUGAGAGAGACAUCAGAGGGAGCGGGCAGGGGUCAACCUCCACCUCCCUGUGAGACUGCAUCAGGACCCAAGACUCAACACCUCGGCAGAGGGAGGAGAGAGGUGGUAAUAAAAGAUGAGAUGGCAGCACUGAACAGAAACUAACCUUUAUCUAUAUUUAAAGAUGAGUCUGCUAAACUUUUCAUGAGUAAAAUAAAGUAUUCACCAACUGCUUUUUUGUUAUUUAAGCUAAAUUCUAUAAAACAUAAGAAGGCUCGUCAUCUCUCAGGCGAUCACAAUACGGCACAAAAAAGAAAUUGCAGCUUUCUCACAAAAAUCGCCCCCGGACGGUGCAGCGAGUCGUCAUUUGUGCUUCCAGCUGUGUGAUUUCCCACUCAGAUCCGUAGAAAACAGAAAGAGAUUCAAUGCUAUUUUCUGGGGAAUUAGUAUGUGUGCCUCGUGGUUACAAACUAACCACAGUCAGGGAAACACUGAGGAGUUCUCAAAGUCACCUUCUCUUUCAUUGCCAGUGGAGUAGCUUCAGGCUCUUCACUGAUCUGACACCAGAAAUGACAGAGUUUUGAUUCUCUGGUCGGAGCUUUCUUGAAGUUAAUGCAUCUGUAAACUCAUACAGAACAAAAGAACAGUUUUUGUGAUAAUAAUUAACCGUCAGCCUCAGCCACUGUUAAGUCUGUUAUUUAUUUGUCUUCCAGUUUUUGGUUUUUGCCCGUGUCUGUUCCUGUUGUGUUCUUUUUCAGUCUCUUUGAAAAAUGUGAUAUAUUUUAAUGGCAUUAAUAUACCAACUAGAAUUUCAGAGUCACCGGGACACAAAAAUCAAUAAGGCAACUUGAGAAUGCCGGGAAUUAUUAAUCCUAUUUCUCAGAUCAACACCUGAC